CUUCUCUCUUUUUAAAGAACAUCUAUCUGAUUAAGAGCAAAUCCAUGAAAUAAAGAUAUCAACACACAGCAUCUCUCUUGACUAUGUCCGAUAUCAAUCUUGAACAAGUUGCCAUCAUGGCAUGCUCAUUCGGCACAGGAGCGUUGAUGUUGAUGAUUAUCUACAACUACUUUUUCCACCCCUUGGCGCGAGUGCCAGGGCCUUUGACUGGAGCGGUUUUCCCGUUCUGGACAAUGAGAACCUUGCAUCGCCGGAAUUUGAACCCAGGUCUGGCACAGCUACAUGAGAAAUAUGGCCCUGUUGUUCGAGUUGGCCCCAACCAAUUGUCAUUCACAAGUGUCGAAGCCCAGAAGACUAUCUACAACGCCAAGCCGACCGACAACGGCGCCGAUGAACCAUUUAAUAGAAGCGGAACCCUACAGGACGUGAUACUCUUACUCUUAUUAAAAGCACGCAAUAUCGGCUCGCUUUCGAGCCAAGCCGAGCAUAAGAAAAUACGAAGACGUCUACUUCCAGGUUUUACAUCAAACGCGCUUUUCGAACAGGAAUCGCUGUUGCGUCUGCAUGUGGACAACCUCUUGCAUGCACUCGCACAACAUCAAGGUCCCAAUGAUUUGACUGAAUAUUUUUCCAGAUUCCUUUGGAACUUGGUGAGUGAUCUUUCCUUUGGAGAGCCUCUAAUUCAAGAAAAGAAAGACCCCCACACAGACACGCUGCAAUCGCUGGUUGAUCUAUACGAAAAUUUCUUCCCCCUGAUAGAAGCUAUCAACUAUGCGGUUCCACAAGUUCAAGGAUCAAUCAGAUUGGUUCUCCACCUGAUACCGUCACUUACUCUGCGCGCGGUUUUGCCCACAGCCACAUUCAGAGAUUGCAUUGACCGACAGGAUGGUCGAUGUGAUUUCAUCACACAUAUUAUGGGCCACAAAAGCCGUGAUCCCACUGAAUUAAAGCUGAGCUAUGAGGAAAUGCAUAGCAACGCCACUAUCUUAACGCUCGCCGCUUACAAGUCAACCGAGAUAAUCAUGUCAGCGUUAUUCUACCGACUUCUAGCAACUCCAGGAGUGAUCCAAGAACUCCAAAGCGAACUCUUGCGCAACUUCCAGAGCAUUGAUGAUAUCACUGGGAAGAAACUGCUGCCACUUCCCUACCUGAAUGGAUGUAUCUACGAGACUCUCCGACUAACUGUCGCAGUGGCUGGCAAGCUUACGUCCCGUCUGUCGCCUGGAGCGAUGAUUGAAGGCAUCUACGUCCCGGCUGGAACAGAAGUCUAUACCGAGACGUAUAGUAUGCAGCGGAGUCCCCGAUAUUGGCAUGCCCCGGAUGAAUUCCGCCCCGAGCGCUGGUUCGAGCGUGGUGAGGGCAGUCCUUAUGCCCGGGAUGUGCAUGAGGCGUUUAAACCGUUUAGUUCGGGCCCUAGAGCUUGUCUCGGGAAGGAAUUGGCCCUGCAGGUUCUUCGGUUGACGGCCGCUUUGAUGGUCUAUCGCUUUGAUCUGAGAAUGUUGGAUAAGGAUAGGUUCGUGUGGGACAAGGACACGUACUCCGGCAUCGCGUACUCGAAUUAUCAUGUUAAAGCCACCGUCAAGGAGCGUGUCUGA